CUUUGAUCCCAAACAAGCCCUAACAGCUGCCAACAAACACUGCAGGCGCAACGGGCGUCCACACGUUGCAACCGCACAAAAUAAUUGGUGUAGCUAGAUUACAUCACCACCACAAAAUCCUCCACCAUCCAAAACACCAAUCCCCAGUUCGCCACCGAAUAUUAUCAAAAGAAAAAAAAAGAUCGCAGCCGAAAGGAAGGGGAAAAAAGGACCAAAUAAACAAUCCACUGUCUCCUACCUCCGCGGAAGCAUCAAACAAAUCACCCUGCCGAUCGCCAUGGACGAACAGCAGGCGGAGGAGGGCGAAAGCGCGCGCGUCAAGAGGACGCCGGAGGAGGGGUCGUCGCCGCUGUCCGCUCUGGCGGAUGACGUGCUGCUACAGAUCCUGGGACGGCUCGAGGCGGACCCGCGGGACUGGGCGCGGGCCUCCUGCGCGUCCCCGCGCCUCGCCGCUCUGCUCCGGGCGGCCUGCCUCCCGCCGCGACUGUCGCGGGCGCUCCCCGCCGAGCUCCUCCCCGCGCCGUCACCGGACGGGGCGCCCGCGGCCUGGGCGGCGCUCCACAAGCUCUCCGUCUGUUGCCCGGGGCUCCUCCGCGCCGGGGUGCUCCUCGAGCCCACCGACGAUUUCGGGCUCGAUCUCGACAUCGGGCCUGACGUCCCCAUCUACGCCCGCACCGACGCCUCCUCCGCCGAGGGGUUCGAGGCCACGGCCACCUCCCGCCACAGCGGAACCAUCGUCGCGGCCGGGAGCGCGCCCCGCGCCGGCGAAUCUGCCAACGUCGCCGCGUGGUCGCUCUACGACGACCUGUACCUGGACGCGGCAUACGACUGCUCGUCCGAGCUGCAGAUCCCGCCUGCCGCUGCGGCUGUGGAACCCGCCCCGCCCGCGCCCGUGGCGGCGAUCCGCGACGUGGAGGAAGCAACGACCACAAAUGCUGUCUCAUGCGGCGUCGCCCGGCGCGGCGUGGUGGCCGGGAGCCGACUGCAUCCGCGGCGGUGGCUGGGCACCGUCGGCGCGCACCUGGCAUCGGGGUCCUGGACGCUGAGCCGUGAGCAGGGGAACAAGCUCCUUGCCAGCCGCUUCCGCGGCGACCGGCUAUACCUCUGCGACUGGCCCGGGUGCGUGCACAAGGAGGAGCGACGCAAGUACAUGGUCUUCCGCGGCGUGUUCCACAACUUCGCCCGGUCUCAGGUCCGGCGCGCGCUCAGGGACACGCGCCGCCCCACCGUCGCCGUCGAAUGCGCCUUCUGCGGCUGCAAAGAGACCUGGGACCUCUACUCGGCUUUCUGCCUCCGCAGUUUCUACGGCUACCACGACGACGGCGAGCCUGUGGUGCGCGCCUACGUCUGCGAGAACGGCCACGUCGCGGGCGCCUGGACCGACCGCCCACUCUACUCCUGAUCUUGGAGUGGACACUCCGACUGACAUGGUAUUGCAUCAAAGACUGCACCCUGCCAUUGCCAGAUGCUCGCUCCUACCACUUGAGCUGUUUCUAGACAUAAUUAUGCGUGCCUGCAUAUAGCAAUCCGGAUUUUCGUCAUGUUCUGAUACACGUGGGAUGUGUAUUCUUUAUUUCUUUCUUCUUGCUGUUGCUGUUGUUUGUGAGAAACUGAGAAUGGUUGAGUAGAAUAAGGAUGCCGGUUGAUUUGCAGCAUAGGAUAUAAAGAGAUUUGCUUAAAAUUGUAAACCUGAUGCUACGAGAAAUUGGAACCGCUGUUUUAUUGCCA